UUUACAAUGUUUGUUUUUCACAUAAAAUGGCCCGUUUGUUUAAUUAUUUAUUUAAUCGUUAUUAAACGAUCUCAUAUUCAAAGGGUUUGAACCGAAGAAUAACAUGUGUUGUCACAUAUCCUCAAAAAUAAGACUGAAGACAGGAAGAAGCCUUGAUCUUAAUGCGCUUUGAACUACGUCCACAUUUGGAAGUUUACCACCGAUAUUAUAAAUCACGUUGAAAACGGGUCUAUACGUGAACGUAUUUCCACCUACAAAUACAAAUAGACGUUGGAAAAACUUACCUGCUGAAAGUUACAUACUUAGUCACAAUUGUCACGUUAACAGCCCUUAACAAGGAAAAACACAUUAUUUUUAUUAAUUAGUGUUUAUUAUAAAGACAACGCUAUACAUAUAACAACACUUUUCCUAAUUAAAAACAAUACAAAAAUAAAAUGGAAUGCAAAUUAAAAGUGCAGAAACAACAUGGACAAGUUAGUUUAGAAUUCUGUGUUUGUAGACAGGAAGAAGCCUUGAUCUUAAUGCACUUUUUGUGACUGCUGUAUUGUCGUGUCUUUAAACCUUCUUUAACUUUCCUUCCAUGUUUUCUGCUGUGAUUAAUAGCCACCCAAGAAAGUAAAGGUAUGAGCAAAUGUCAGUCAGCACAUGCAGUUUUAGUAUCCCAUCACUCUGAAUAAUGUACUUUAGUUGUAUACAGAUGCAUGACGUAGAUGCAGCCAGGCAUGAAGAACAUAUAUUAUCCCGCUCCUACAACAAUCACCACCAUCACACAUGUUAGGACACUGUGUUUAUGCCAACCGUCUCCUCAGCAACUCACCUUUUCCAACACAUAUUAUUGGUAUAUCCUUGUGAAACACGGAUCGGUCAUUUUGUAUUUGUCGAUUUCAAGUCAAAGGGUCGUAAACUGACAACGACUCAGAGGGCUAAGAGGCAGCAGGAUGAGGACGAGAAGAGGCUGCGAGAGGAAGAGGAAGUGCGGCUGCAGGCUGAGAAAGAAGAGCACAUACGAUUGGAAAGAGAGAGAAAACAGAAGGAGCUAGAAAGGCUUGAGUCAAAGGACCGAGAGCGCAGAGGACACGAGCUGGACCAACUCCGCCGUCUAUUGGAGAACAAUCAAACUGCAGCAAUCAAAUGGAAAACCGAUGCUGUGGAGAAAGCGGAGUGGGAGAGAUACAUGAAUUGUGGCGCUCUCCCAGACCCAACAGUACUGCAGGAUGUUAACAGAUACAUCAGCUCAUGGAGAGAUGACCCAGAAGUCAACAUCACACUCGUGCUCAAGCAAUGCAACCUCGCCCUACAGCUGCUGGAGGAAGUGGAGCUUGUGCUCAGAGACAUUACGGAUCCACGAAGGGGCCAGUACUACCAGGAGAGUCUUCUAGAAUUGCUGGAGCUAAUCCACGCUAAACACCUCCUCACCAAUGAGGAGAUCCUCAAGGAGGCCAGUGAAAACGUUGACACCGAGACAGGCAACAUGCAGACGGUGGUCAAAGAUGAAAACAUUACACUCUGUCUGUGGGCCAACCUCAGGAAGAGUCCAAGGUUUAAAGGUUUCAACUUUGAAGAGGCUGGCCUGGACUUUAAGCUUCCCAAGCAGCUGGCUGUGAGAGACGUCGCUGUACGGAUCCUCCACACGCGUUAUGACCACCUGUCGCUGCUGGCCAGGAUGGCUCACCCGAGAAUGCACACACCUGGCCACAGGUACCUAUCUGGUGGAGCGAUUAUGAAUAAUGCUCUCAAGAGCGCAGCCAGUGUGCAGUCGAGGGAAAGCAGUGCUGAGCCUGCGGAAGGCCGAAGCAGCCAGAUACAGACCCAGAUGGAGGCACUCAACGCUGAGGGGGAGUUGACUUCUCCACUGCCGCUGACAACGAUUGACUGCGGUGAGCGUGUCCAAGUGGUGGACUUAAUGCAGUACACACCUCUGGGUGGCGUCUUCCACUAUAACCUGUUUCACCUCCCGCCACAAGUCCACAAGGUCAAUGGUUGGGAAAUAAGACAGCUGUUGGACCAUGGGCUACAAAAUUUCCCCUAUCCCAUGGAGAUGUCUAAUUUAGAUGAAAACAAAGCUCUCGCCAGCCCUCCUGUCGGUGUGUCCGUGACACUGCCCGACUGGGUCGUCUUCUUGGAAACUCCCAAAGUGGCUCGCUGGGAUGCUGCAGCGGAUCAGUGGAGGAUGGACGGGAUCACCGACGUGUCUUACGAGGAGGCCGAGGACAAAAUCUCCUUCAACAUGGAUGCCUUCCAUGCUUUUGUGCUGAUGCAGGAUACUUAUGCUAACCUUCCCUUCCAGAGCUGGGAGCUCAGGCCAUUGGGCCAAGACUCGGCUCUUUUCACCAUCAACGGGGCACUCAUCGACCUCAGCAUCACCAUCCAGGGUAAUCAGUGCAUGUUGCAGUCGGAACAAACAAAGGGUCUUUCUCACGUAAGAGGGAAGUGGAUGAGCAGCCCCGUCCUGCAGAAAGCCAUGCUCAACGCCGGGGUCAACAUCACCGUCAACGAGUUCACGGACAAAUAUGUCUCUACUUGCGGCAAGGACCCACUUACCGAACAUGCUGCUUACGAACAGAUGGCCCUCUUCGCCUCUGCCUGCGCGUUCGCAUGGAGCAAGUGGAACGCCAAAUGUGGAGCAGAGCAUCUAGUCAUGCAGGCGUGUGAGCAUCACAGCGCUGCCCCGGUGCCUGAAGGCUCGUGGAGCCUCUACCAGCUCGGUGCUCAGAGGAGUCAGAAGCUGGAAGUGACAGAGAAGAGUGACGGCUACUCUCCAGAUCUUUAUCCGGGAAGAAUCUCCAGACGCCAGUAAGCAUCCCAACAGCCUCGCUCAGAAGGUGCACACUGUUCUUUGUCGUCAGCGCCCAAGUGCACAGAUCAUUUCUGCAGGCAGCUGAUGGGGCGGGGGGUAUGACACCAUCCGCCCCAGGGCCUAGACGGGGGGCUGUCCGUUAUGCCGGAGCCCCGUGUAGGGCCACAGAAGCUCCUGGAUGGUCAUCCAGGAGUCCCUGCUCCCCACAGGAGCUCCAUCGACCGCUGGCAGCAUCAGCCGGCUGGCCAGCAGUGCCAGGAGACCUGCGGGUGAACCAUUAAUAUUUACUAGCACACAGAACAAGACGGAACUAUCCUUCAUGCAGUGCUGGGAAAAGGUCUAUAGACUGCUGCUCCUGCCCGACUUGCUGCGCCAUCAUGUUUGGAACCGGUAUUACACAGACUUAUUUCUUUAAAUAGUUUAAAAACCCUAUUACGGAUUCUUUUGAAUGUUUUCAAAUUUAUGGAUACACAUUCAUGUCUCACAGUUAUCGGAGCACUUUGUUAGGCUGUAAAUAAGGUUUGAAAUCUCAAGUCCUUCCCUAAUGUCGGUGUUGUAGGUAUACGGGGUUUUGUGCAUUGGAAUGGCCGGACUGGCUUCACUAAUGGGAGGGGCUCUGCAGGUAGAGUGGAUCUAGUUUGUGUGCUACUGCUGCAAGAUAUUGGGCUUCAUGGUUUAUUCUUGGAAAGAACUAAACAGCUCGACUGGUCUUCAACCUUCCGAAAUUCUCCCACACUACUCCACUCCUCCGCUCUCUUCACUGGCUACCGGUGG